AGAUAUGUAAUUUCCGACCUGUCAUGAAGAGUUCUACCUCUUCGUAUCGUACCCCCGCCUGCUAUAUCGAGACUCGGUUUCCGUUGCCUCUUAUCCCCAAUCCCGAAGAAGCGGCGAGCGACCGGAAGGCGAGCGCGACGCAGCGAUUCACCUUAGAAUCUUCGCCGCGUAUGAUCGCGCAAGAAUACGAUUCGAGACCGACCUUGGGUGAAAGUUGAGGGUUUCGUGGCGACGUGAUGGAGAAAUACGAGUUCCUAAAGGACAUUGGGUAUGGGAACUUUGGAGUCACCAAGUUGAUGAAGAACAAGGAGACGAAGGAGCUCGUCGCCGCCAAGUACCUACCCAGAGGGGAAACGAUCGAUGAUAAGGUUGUGAGGGAGAUUGUUAAUCAUCGUUCGCUUCGUCAUCCUAAUAUUAUCCAAUUCAUGGAGGUCAUGCUUACGCCUACACAUUUGGUGAUCGUGAUGGAAUACGCCGCCGGUGGAGAGCUCUUUGAGCGGAUCUGCAGCACGGGAAGGUUCAGCGAGGAUGAGGCGAGGUACUUCUUUCAGCAGCUUAUAUGCGGUGUCAGCUACUGCCAUCAACUGCAAGUUUGUCAUCGAGAUCUGAAGCUCGAGAACACUUUGCUUGAUGGUAGCCCGUCACCUAAACUCAAAAUAUGUGACUUUGGUUACUCUAAGUCCACGUUGCUUCACUCGCAACCCAAAUCAGCAGUGGGAACCCCAGCAUACAUUGCACCAGAGAUUCUGGCUUGGAAAGAAUAUGAUGGAAAGAUGGCUGAUGUUUGGUCUUGUGGGGUUACACUAUAUGUAAUGUUGGUGGGAGCUUACCCCUUUGAAGAUCCAAAUGAUACAAAGAACUUCAGGAAGACCAUCGAGAGAAUAAGAGCUGUUCGAUACAAGAUACCACCACAUGUUCAUAUUUCCCCAGAUUGCAAGCACCUUCUCUCACAGAUCUUUGUUGCCAACCCUGCUAGGAGGAUCACAAUGCAGGAAAUAAAGAACCAUAUUUGGUACUUAAAAAACUUGCCUAGGGAGCUUACGGAAGCCGCACAAGCAAACUAUGGAUACUUGUGUGAUAGCAAUGUGCCCACCAGUUCCACUGGUUGCCUCCAGAGUGUCAUAGAGAUCAUGCAGAUUGUGAAGGAGGCAAGGAUCCCCCCACCAGUCUCACAAAGUGAUGAUGAAAUCAACUGGGAAAAUGAUGAGCCGGAGGAGCAGGAAGGCGAACAAGAUAAGUCAAAAAACAAAGAAGAGAAACAACAUUCUACUCAAAAAGGAAAAGAACAUGAGCGUUCUGCUCAAAAAGGAAAUGAUGAGCAAGAAAGUUCCGCUCGAAAUAGAAAAGAGGAAGAACACUAGGUCGAUAAGUAAAUAAAAACCAGGGUAAUCGGAAAACUUAGCAUAUACAAAGAAAUACAUCUGUUAUCUUUCUUUUCUUAAUCCUGAUAUUAUUUUUAGUCUUGCAUGUUAUGUUUAUUACAUACAAGUCACUGAUGUAUUUUCGCAAUGGAUUCUUCCUUUGAACUUUUCACCUGUAUAAUUUGAAUAGACAUAGUACAUGGCACCUAUAGGUUAUUAUUAUUA